GUUGCAACAGUGCACCAUUAGCAGGCGGACACUGCUCGUUCUAGCAUAACAAAACAAACCAGCUCACAUCGCUCAGAGUAUUUUUAGCUAGCUUUCGUGUUAGUUACGUUAGCUUACUGUCACGCAGUGAUUCCACGGGCUGUCGUUCACGGUACCAGUGCUGCCUAGUGUUUGUCGUGCUGUGUGUUGACAUAUCGCAAACCUCAACUCUAUGUCUAUGACAUACAUAAUACUUGGGCGUUCCUGGCUAACGUAGAGACAGGUCGCGUCGAUGGGGGCUCAUUUCCUCGAUUACUCAGCCUGACGUUAUCGUGCAGUUAGCCAACAUUUGCAAACUCAAUUAAUUAGGCAACACGGGGAAGUACGUGAUUAUGUGACAACAGCGGGUCCAGCUGGUUUUCAGCCACUGUAGCUGCUGCUUUGGCAGAUAAGCCAUGCAUGGCUCGGAGUAUCCAUUGUUCUAGAGAGUCCUGAGAGAUAUUUGGACUUGUCAACUUGCAAAAUGCCUGGACUCGUGGUGUUUGGUCGGCGGUGGGGGAUCGCCAGUGACGACCUAGUUUUCCCCGGCUGCUUCGAACUAUUUGUCCGUGUACUUUGGUGGAUUGGCACCAUGAUCCUGUACACCUACCACAGGGGUCAUUUUGACUGUAAUGGCAGAGGAGUACUUCACAGCUAUCUGGUUGGACUGUUGGUUGUGCUGGCGCUCAUCAUCCUGUCACUGCUGGCUAUUGUCUAUGUCAGUGCCCGAGGUACCAUUACUAACUCCGGCCCCCGGCGCUCUAUCCCUGCACUGGUGUACCUGCGAGCACUCCUGUACCUCCCUGAGCUGGUGUGGGCCUGUUUGGGAGCUGUCUGGGUGUCUGAUGACAGUCAAGGCUGCGAUCCUGCCACAGUGGGUGCUGUCAUUGCAGCAGUGGUUGCCAGCUGGAUCAUCCUGCUGUUCACUGGGGUGGGCGUGGUAUUUGUGUUCGACCCGCUGGGCAACCCCCGCCCUCAGCCUGCUGCCAUGGAGCCACUGGGAGUGCCAGAUAUGCAGAGCAACGAGGGCACCCAGUUCCUCUUCACAGCUCGCUCCCUGGCCGUCAAAGUGUGGGAGAGCAGGCUGCGGCUCCUGUGCUGCUGUCUGCCGCAGGACGAAAGUCACCGCGCAGCAUUCUCCAGCAUCGCACAGCUCUUCAGCAGAUUCUUCUCUGACACAGACCUGGUCCCAAGUGACAUAGCAGCCGGUUUAGCUCUGCUGCAUCAGGAGCAGGAUAAAAUGGAGCAAAGCAGAGACCCAGAGGUCAUAAUUGAUCACAGCCCUUCCUCUCCCAUCGGAGAGGAUCUGGAGACAGAGUUGGAGAAAGCAGCUCACUGCAUGCAGUUUGCUGCAGCAGCUUAUGGCUGGCCAUUGUACAUUUACUCCAACCUGCUUACUGGGCCCUGCAAGCUCAGUGGAGACUGCUGCAGGAGCCGAGCGGGUGAGUAUGACAUCGUCGGCGGAGACCACCUCGGUUGUCACUUUUCAUCCAUCCUGCUCAGCACCGGUUUGCAGUACAGAGACUUCAUCUAUGUCAGCUUCCACAACCAGAUCUAUGAGAUCCCCUUCUUUGUGGCUCUGGAUCAUAAGAGAGAGGCCGUUCUGGUGGCUGUCAGAGGAACACUGUCACUGAAGGAUGUCCUGACAGACUUGUCUGCUGAAUGUGAGAACCUGCCUGUAGAAGGAGUGUCAGGAGCCUGCUACGCUCACAAGGGCAUUUGCCAGGCGGCCAAUUAUAUCUACAAGAAGCUGGUCAACGAUGGCAUCCUUAACCAGGCCUUCAACAUCGCACCGGAAUAUAAACUGGUCAUCACUGGUCACAGUCUUGGUGCUGGCACAGCCUCGGUGCUGGCCGUCCUCUUGCGCAGUUCCUUCCCCACCCUGCAGUGCUACUCAUUCUCUCCACCAGGGGGACUCUUGAGUAAAGCUUUAGCUGAUUACUCCAAGGACUUUGUGGUCUCGGUCGUACUUGGAAAGGAUCUGGUUCCCAGGCUGAGCAUUCCUAAUAUGGAGGAUCUGAAGAGAAAGAUUCUCAAGAUAGUUUCCAACUGCAGUAAGCCAAAGUACCGCAUCCUGCUGCAGGGUUGUUGGUACGAGCUGUUUGGAGGAGACCCGGAUGACUUUCCCACAGAGAUGGAUGACAGGAGGGAGGAGGAGCUUAGCCAGCCGCUGCUUGGGGAGGAGUCCCUGAUGAUUCGCCACUCGUCAUCCUAUCAGAGCCUGGCGUCAGAUGACUCUCCUGCCCACACAGCCGCACAUUUACCUCUGUUUUUGCCCGGACGCGUUCUGCAUAUCACAGAAGAUGGGCCGUCACGGAGGUCUUGUUUUUCCCAGGUCCGGUACCGUGCAGACUGGUCCAAUGAAAUGGCCUUCAGGAGUAUUUUGAUCAGUCCCAGGAUGCUCGCAGAUCACAUGCCUGACGCUGUGCUCCGAGCACUCAGCAGUCUUACCACCGAGAAGCCCUACUCCCUCUGCCCAUCGUCUUUAAACAACAGCCAGCACCAUUCUAUCUGAACGUGUACCAUAGACUGACUCCUUACAAAUGUGCUCCAAGACUUGGAUUGUAAUGGCAAUGGAAGACAUGAAACCAUAGACAUUUCCCUGUUGUGAUCUCCAUGAAUGACAUUUCUUUAAAACGUUUGGAGCGAAAGUACUAUGUUAAAUUGCACUUUUCAAUUAUUUAAUUCCUGUAAUUUCUUUUUUUUUUCCCUCAACUCUUGAGUUACUCCAUUAGCAACCACAUGCUAUGAUCUUUGAAUGUGCGAUGUGUACAAUAUUUGACAGUGCUGGAGUUUUACUGUUAUGGCAGUGUUCUACAUUUCAUGCUUGUGUGAGGGGCUGUACGGCUGGCAGAGGCUGCCUCACGGUCCCUGGAAGAGGCUGAUGUUGUCAUCCUUACCAGUGGGGAGGACUGAAGAGCAGUCUGGUCCAGGAUGUGAGGAUAUAGGAGUUGACAUUCAUUUUGUUGUGACUGUAGUUGGUCUGUCUUGUGUUUUAAUGUCUUUUUAAACAUCAGGGUGAACAGUGCCUAUGCAUUAGAGAUAAACAAGUAAACAGAAUUGGUUUACAGAAAAGGACUGUUGAGUGCGGCGUGUUUACAUUGAGUUUUAUUCUGCAUUUCCUACAAUACAGUUUUAAUAGUGCAUGGUGUUCAGCAAACAAGGAUAUACAUAAAAGGGAGGUCGAUUGUACUUGUACAUUUCGUGGGAACCUGUUUACUUGCCAUGGUUAUAUAUAAAAAAAAAUUCAGGUAAUGUAUUAUAAUAAGUUCAGUCAGAAUCAUCUGAUGCCUGCGUAAUUGUUUCCCAUCCUCCAGUACAAUGGAAUGGACUCCUUGAUGCAAAUAAAUGCUUUUUGUGAAGCGCA